UUAAAAAUGAUUAAUUCAAUACCGAAGAGACAUUCAAUCAGAAUGCCACCGAGGAUAUCCAGAGAUAUUGAGGAGAUACUUUAUGCAUAUGGAGAAACUGCUGAUAGAGCAAAAUAUUCAACUCUCUUCUCUCAAUUUAGAAAAAUAGAUGUUUAUGCACAAGAGCCUUAUAAAUAAAGAGUUUGAAGUUGAGAACCCUGACUUAGCAAGAAAGCCUUCAAUGUCAAGUAGUCUGAAUUGGUUAAACAAAGACAAUCAAGGAGAAGUAGAAAUGGAUUGUGAUGGAUAUGCACCAACCUCUCCUUUUUUAAAGCUUCAGAGGAACAUCAUUGUCCCAUUGGCUAUUAUAAAAUCAGAAAACGGAACGAAAGCAGCUUAUCACUGGAACAUAUUUAUUCCACCAGAUUACCCAUUCAUGCCACCUCACGUGUACAGUCUCGACAACAUUAGUCAUGAAGAUAUUGACCCCUCUGGGCGUCUUCUAAUAUACGCUCUUGAAGAAGGAUGGUCUCCAUGUUUGACUCUAAACUCAGUGAUUUGCAUUCUUGAACUGUUCAUCUGCGGUACUUUAGAGGACAAGGAGCCUCGAGACAACCUUCAGUUGGACAGUAACUAUUUUUCAAACACUAAUUCUAAAGGAUAUGAAUUAGAAAGAAUACAGAAGAAAAAGAAGUGCCCUUUUUAUAGAAGGAGAAGAUACGAAAGCAUGGAAAAAGACGAUACGACUCAAGAAAGCUCAUAUGAAAGCCCACAAAAUGUAAAGAGCAAAAAGAGAGUGAAAAAAGGAACUAGUCCAUUAGAGAACUUACUAAUUUCAAAUUCCUCAAGAAAAACGAGACUCGGUGACAAAAUGUAAAAUAUUAUCCAAAUG